AAAAGUUUAACCCUGGAAACUCAAUGCCGGGAGUGGCGAACAGCGCAGCAUUGAAGCAAAUCCGUCCUUGAACUUUCAUGGCGGCAGCUACUUAGCGCCAGGAGCUGAAAAUGCUGAAACCUGAUCGGCUCUCCUCGUCCCUUGUGGUCCCUGUCAGUCUUCUGGCGGUCUUCAUCUCUCGGGAUGCGCUUUUCGUGCGAUUUCUGAGCAAGAAGAAGGAGGAGGAGAAGGGCAAACGCUAGGGCAGGUGGAACCAGAGAGGGAAGGAUUUGCAACCUAUGCAAUGAUGCUUUGGCGAAAGAGAUGCCCAAGCUGAAGGCAUGCAAAAUCGAAGUGCAUUAUCAAAAGACGUCCCGGUUCAUGAUUGCCCUUCGGCAUUCAUCAGCAUCAAAACAUCGUUUUGAUCAUUUUCAAGCAACAUCAAGCACUUUUCGGAGGUAUAAAACACCUGCUGCUCUCCGCCAGUAUCGCUCCCUUGCAAACUAGCUCAGGAACAGCUGAGUCAUCAGGAGCACAGCGACUCUGAACGACAAUGCCGUCGAAGCACGCAAAGAAGCUGGCGUGCGAGAUCGUCGUCGACCAAUUUGGAGAGCAAGUAGGCAAAGUGUGUCAAACGCUAGUGUUCAAGGGGCAGCACUCCCUGCCAGACCUGGGGCGGGUUACAGAGUUGACACCGCCCCAGCUGAGGAACUGCGUGCUCGUGCUGUCGCAGCACAACUGCGUGCAGGCGUAUCGAGUCGAGCCCGAUGCGGAGAAUCCCCGGACGCGCCCCCAGGUGCUGUACGUGGCGCUCGUGAGCCGAAUCCUGCAACGCCUGCGCUUCCCCCGUAUGCUUCUGCAUGUCAAGGAGGAGCUUGGGCCCGAUGCAGAGGCGGUCCUCGAAGGACUGAUCGAACACGGGCGGCUGUCAGUUGGGCAGUUGGUGGAACGGGCAUCGGCACGCACAGAAGAUGAAGCGGAACGGUCGGCGCAAUCGGAGGGCGUAAAAGAAGCCUUCAAGCAGCUGGUGCAGGCGCGCUACGUCGAAAAGGCCCCUCAAGCGGAACCGGUGCUGCCUCCGGCGUCGGAAGGGGACACGAAAAAAGGAACGCGAAUAAAUGCCAGGGCUCGAGCUGCGGCCGCCAAGGCAAGCGUCGUAGAAAGUGAGGAGGCACGUGCCGUCCGGCUGAGCGCCGUCUCCGACUUCGACCGCUUCCGGCUGCCGUCGUCGGUUCUCGGGCUGGAAAAUGGUGCGCCGACCGCGGCAGAAACGAAGGCGCUCAGCAGGACGAAGCGGAAACGUGAAGCGGAGCUGGCGGAACAGGCGGCCCAGGCCGCCAAGCAGAAGGCCGAUGAGGAGGAACUAGUGUGGCGGGUCAACUACGACGAGUUCACGCGGCGGUUUAGGCACGAGGCAAUGUCAGAGUUCGUAGAGGAGAGGAUGGGUCCGACGGCAGGGGCUGCGGUUCGGACGAUGCUCACAGAGACACGUGGCCAGGAACAGAGCGUCGCAGAGAAGGCCUCCGGCCCGGUCUCGGUGGAGGCCAUUCACACCAUCCUCCGAAGCUCCCCCGCGGGUUCCGCGCUGCCCAAGUCAAGCAUCCGAACGGCCUUGGAACAAUUGGCGGAAGAAGGCUCGGCGAUGGUAACGAAGGAGAACGAACUCGGGGGGGGGACGUAUGCUGUCGACAUGGCCCACGUGGUAGCGGAGAUGCGCGAGCGCGAGCUGGAGUCGGUCGUGCGCAACCGGUUCGGGCAAGGCGCGUGCCGCAUUUUCCGGCUGCUGCGCAUGAAGCGAAUGCUAGAGCAGAAACAGAUUGGCGAGAUGGCGAUGAUUCCUAUCAAGGACACGCGGCAGCUUCUGUACACUUUACUGAAAGGACACUACGUCAGCUUACAGGAGCUGGCGAAAACGGCGGACCACGUGGCGUCGCGGACGUUCUAUUUGUGGCGGGUGAACAUUCCACAGGUGUCCGAACACGCGCUCGAUGAGAUGUACCACGGCGCGUCGAACCUGCGGAACCGGUUGCAACACGAAUUGGCGCAAGAGAAAGAGCUGCUGAGCAUCUGCGACGACAUGGCGGCCGGUAACGCCGCGGGCGAGCACGGCUCGCACGUCACGCUGACGUCCGCCCAGCGGGAGCGGCUCGAGCAGUUCCGGCAGGUGGCGGCCGUGCUGGAGAGCAGCCUGCUCGCGCUCGAAAAGAUGAUCAUGCUGUUCAGCGACUUUUGAGACUGUCGUGGAAUGCAUUGAUUCGACUUCUAGGCAUUUGAUAGAAGAUAGAACGAGUGUCUUUCGGUUUCCGGCUCCUGCAAGGGCUAUCGAGGUCCGGUAAUGGGAAGACAUCAAGCCUGGCGUCCUUUAGGCCGGGGAUACAGAUCGCCCGAUACGACUGCAUAGAGAGUCACCGGUUACGUCCUUCAUGCUGCUCCUUCAUGCUGCAAAAGACAAGUGCGUCCGACCAAACUUCCAAGAUGUCUCAUCAUGGCACGCAAUUAUGGGCGCAGAACCUACGGCAAUAUGCGCUCAGCGUUUGCCUAGAACUUUCUAUCCAAGUGACUGCACGUGUAUCUUGCGACGUAUACCCAGAUUUGGCA